AUGUUAAUUGAGAAAGCCAAGCAAUUGACAGAUGGCUUGGAAGUUCCAGAUGGAACAUUGGAAUUUUCAGCUGGAUGGCUUCAAAAAUUUAAAAGAUGUAAUGGAAUCCAUCAACAAAAGCUUCAUGGAGAAGCAUCAUCAGUUGAUCUGGAAGCCAUAAAUGAUGCCUUACCAUUAUUAAAAAGCAUAUUAGAAUACGAUAUAGUCUGUCAUAUACAAAAAGAGGAUUAA